AUGCUUAAAGAAAUACAGUAUUUGUCUUCACUUUGGGUCACUUCCGGCAUUAUAUCAAACGGAUACACAACAUGGCUAACGAUUCUGGUAGCCGUUAUCACACUAGCAACACCAGCGCUCUCAGAUUCACCGCGCGUGGUAUGCUAUUACACAAACUGGUCCGUGUAUCGGCCGGGCACUGCAAAAUUCAACCCUCAGAACAUCAACCCCUAUCUAUGCACCCAUCUUAUCUAUGCGUUUGGAGGAUUCACUAAAGACAAUACGCUGAAGCCCUUCGAUAAAUACCAGGACAUCGAAAAAGGUAACUUACUUGAUAUUGUAACUAUAUCGGAUGUAAAGCGUAUAUAUUAUCUGAGUAAAAAAGGAAUUAAUGGACUCAUUCAUCACUUGUAG